CUGCACUUCUGUUAGGAUACUCACACCCAAGUCCAGGCGACAGUGAGGGUGUGGCAGCACCUCCUGUUGAGGUCUUUGUACCCUGCUCGCCUGUGUGGCCGUCUUGUUCCAGUCACCGGCUCAUCACCCUUUCAGGUCCUGAUUGCCUGAACCUCUUGUCUCCAGAGGCAAGGACACAAGGCCCAAGUGGCCCCUCCUCAGGUUUUCAGCAGGCUCCGGUGUCCCAGCAUGGCCCCUUGAAGCGAACCAUGACUGUCUGUGGGACACUCGCCAUUGAUCAUCCAGAGUCGCAUCUCACCAGGAGGUGACCUGUCCUCCAUCCUCCACCUACCCCCUGCCUGGGACAGUGCUGCGGCUGCCACGGACACCAUGUAGUAGGGCCGGCUGCGGCGCCCAGUGAGCUGCAAUGGUUUUGUACACGACCCCCUUUCCUAAUAGCUGUCUGUCCGCCCUCCACGCCGUGUCCUGGGCCCUCAUCUUCCCAUGUUACUGGCUGGUGGACCGGCUGUUGGCCUCCUUCAUACCCACCACCUAUGAGAAGCGCCAGAGGGCGGAUGACCCCUGCUGCCUGCAGCUGUUCUGCACGGUCCUCUUCACACCAGUCUACCUGGCUCUGCUUGUGGCUGCACUGCCCUUUGCCUUUCUCGGGUUCAUCUUCUGGUCUCCACUGCAGUCUGCCCGCCGGCCCUACUCCUAUUCCCGGCUAGAAGACAAGAGCCCAGCUGGUGGGGCAGCUCUGCUUAGUGAAUGGAAGGGCACGGGGGCAGGCAAAAGCUUUUGCUUUGCCACGGCCAAUGUCUGCCUCCUCCCCGACUCACUCGCGAGGCUCAAUAAUGUGUUCAACACUCAAGCUCGAGCCAAAGAGAUUGGGCAAAGAAUCCGCAAUGGGGCCGCCAGGCCUCAGAUCAAGAUCUACAUCGAUUCUCCCACCAACACCUCCAUCAGUGCAGCCAGCUUCAGCAGCCUGGUGUCGCCACAGGGCGGUGAUGGAUCCAGAGCUGUUCCUGGGAGCAUUAAGAGGACAGCCUCUGUGGAAUACAAGGGGGAUGGUGGGCGUCACCCCAGCGACGAGGCUGCCAACGGCCCAGCCUCUGGGGAACAGGCUGAUGGAAGCCUUGAGGACAGCUGCAUUGUGCGAAUUGGUGGCGAGGAAGGAGGUCGGCCACAGGAAGCUGAUGACCCUGCUACCGGGAGCCAAGCCAAGAAUGGGGCUGGUGGGACCCCAAAGGGCCAGACGCCCAACCACAAUCAGCGAGAUGGGGAUUCUGGGAGCCUGGGCAGCCCCUCAGCCUCCAGGGAGUCCUUGGUGAAGGCACGGGCUGGGCAAGACAGUGGUGGCAGCGGAGAGCCAGGGGCUAACAGCAAGCUGCUGUAUAAGACCUCUGUGGUGAAGAAGGCAGCAGCCCGCAGGAGGCGCCACCCUGAUGAAGCCUUUGACCAUGAGGUCUCAGCCUUCUUCCCGGCCAAUCUAGACUUCCUGUGCCUGCAGGAGGUGUUUGACAAGCGAGCGGCUGCUAAGUUGAAAGAACAGCUACAUGGCUACUUCGAGUACAUCCUGUAUGAUGUUGGGGUCUACGGUUGUCAUGGUUGCUGCAAUUUCAAAUGUCUCAACAGCGGUCUCUUCUUCGCCAGCCGCUACCCUGUCAUGGACGUGGCCUAUCACUGUUACCCCAAUGGGUGCAGCUUCGAUGCCCUGGCCUCUAAGGGAGCUCUGUUUCUCAAGGUGCAGGUGGGAAGCACACCUCAGGACCAAAGAAUCGUUGGGUACAUCGCCUGCACACACCUGCAUGCCCCACCAGAGGACAGUGCCGUCCGGUGUGAGCAGCUGGACCUGCUUCAGGACUGGCUGGCUGAUUUCCGAAAAUCUACCUCCUCGACCAGCACAGCCAACCCCGAGGAGCUGGUGGUGUUUGACGUCAUCUGUGGAGAUUUGAACUUUGAUAACUGCUCUUCUGAUGACAAACUGGAGCAGCAGCACUCGCUCUUUACUCGCUACAAAGACCCCUGCCGCCUGGGGCCCGGGGAGGAGAAGCCUUGGGCCAUUGGCACCCUGCUGGACACAAACGGUCUCUAUGAUGAGGAUGUGUGUACCCCGGACAACCUUCAAAAGGUGUUGGAGAGCGAGGAAGGCCGCAGGGAGUAUCUGGCCUUCCCCACCAGCAAGAGCCCAGGGGCUGGGCAGAAGGGCCGGAAGGAUCUGCUGAAGGGCAAUGGCCGCCGCAUCGACUACAUGCUGCACGCCGAGGAGGGGCUGUGCCCUGACUGGAAAGCUGAGGUAGAAGAAUUCAGUUUUAUCACCCAGCUGUCCGGCCUGACCGACCACCUCCCUGUGGCCAUGCGACUGAUGGUGUCUGCAGGGGAAGAGGAGGCAUAGACCAGCCAUGCCACAGUCUCAAUCAGUGGGGCCUCUGCUGGCCCUUCAAGCUGCAGCCCGUGCCUGGGCUGUGUGCCCUCCAUUGAGCACCUAGUGCUGGGGGAAGGAGGGCAGGGGACAGGGAAGGGCGAGCCCAUCAAUCCCCUGCAAGCCUGGGAACCAGGCUGCUCUGUGCCUCUGGGCCAUCUCUGCGGACAGAGGACUCGGGCCAGCCUGGGAGCCCCUGGGUGCCUGAUCAGUGCCAUUCUUUCAGUCACGAUUUUCUACAGAAAUACACAGCACAACCUAGUUUGUAACCCAAGGGUUAGUACGAGGACCGGGUUUCUGUACUCUUUGUAUCUCUUCUCAAGCUUUGUCCAGGGUUCAUUACUUGUGUCUGCUGCCAAUGUUGUCUCGCAUGCCUGCACCCUCGCAUGCCCACUGCCCGCAUGCCAUGUGCCACACUGUAGCACCCACACCCCUUGCUCGGGCCUCAAAGGCCAAACUCAAAACACAAAAAACACAAUCAGAACCAGCCAAAGAAGCACUUCCUGGGCACAGCUGCCAGCUCUCCCCCCUCCAGCCUGGUGGGGAGUGACUGACGGCUGUCAUUACCUGCCAGCCCAGGGCUCUUCCCAGGGUCUUGCAUUCAAGGGCGAUUACAUUUUAAGAAGAAAACAGAAAAAAACACACAAAAUCACCCUUCCCUUAGGGUCUGUAAGUCACUGGGUAGGGCUGUGCUCUUCCCCAGCCCAUACAGCAGGGUCCAGCUGGCUCUGGUCACCCCAGCAGCUCCUGUAGGAGACUCACACCAGCUCUGGGGCCCUACAGGAAAUCCAAGAGGGCAUCACUUUUGUACACGAAGGGGACCCAGAAUAUAAGGGGGCGGGGGUUCUGACUUUGAAACCCACAGGUUUGUAGCUUCUCUCCUACCCAACAUGUCCUCUUAUGGGGCCCCUUGGGUUAGCCUCUUCCUGAGGACUUCCCUCAUCCAUGUAUGGCUGAGCUCAGGAACCACUUGCCUGCCCCCAAGUCAGGCUGCGCCUCUGGCCUCCCAGGCCCACCCUUCCACAAUGGCUACCCUGGAUAAAGUGGCAGGAAACCAAGAUAGAGAGAAUGGCUUCUUUACCACUGCAAGCUCAGGUGGCCAGCCAACAGCCACUGCUUGUCUAGAGCAGGGCUGAUUCCAGACAGCAUCCAGAAGCCACUCUUGCCAACGUGUGACUAGAGCCAGUCCCAAGCUCAGCACAGUAAGGCUGCUAGAAGCCCACUGCUCUAUACCUGGUCCUGCUCAGGUGCCCAAGAGCACACUGACCCUGCCGACCUCCCUUCAGAGAAGGGAGGCUGAUCCUGGACCAUACAGGGAAGACGUCUGCCUCAGGCUGCUGAGCGACUGAUUUGAGGGACUAUUUGGGUAUUCCUGACAGUCUCCUCAGAGUGCUCUGAUCUUGUAUCUGGCCUGGCGACGAUGGAGGGAGCAUCAGGCCCCUGUGGUUGGGACCUCUAAAAUGUUGGUGCCCUGAAGCUGUGCCUUGUCACCCACCAAGUAGCAAGAGGGAUCCAGAGGGGCACACAUUUGUCAGACGCCAGGCUGUGCUGAGCGGUGAUCCUUCAGAGUAUGGGCAGUUUAAUUAGGGCAUGGAUAGUUGGAGACACUGGUCUCUUAACCUCUUGGCCUAGAGAACCCUGCCCAUGCUCCAGUGUCCAGAGUUAGGACAGCCUUGCUGGGUUCUCUGCUGUGCCCCUCUUCUGCCAGGGCCUGGCCUCCCAGGAAUCUGGGAAGCCCUCAUGGGAUAAAAGGCCCCUAACUCCUGGAAACAACCAGGAUCCCAUCCAUUCAAGGUACCAUGGGGCAGGCCCAAUCCUCAAACCAAUGGCACUGUGCACAAGGAGAGUAGAGGAGGCCGAGGCCACGGUCAGGGUCCCUAAACCUGGGUUAGGGUAAAACGUUUGGAGUCAGAGCCGCAUCCUUCUCUCCUUCCCAACUCCCAGGGCAUCCUUAGGCAAGGUGUACUGCCCUGUGCCUCUGUUAUCACAAGGUCACCUCUAUACGGUCAGGUUCUGGAAUCCAGAGGAGGGACAGCCUGCCUGCCUUCAGGUCCCUACACAUCUCAGCACUGAGGCCAUGCCCAUCUGCCACACACUCUGCUGUGGUUUGCCUGUAGACUCAGGGUUCCUGUACUGCCAGGCCUUUCUAUUUCAACUUUUAAAACAGAAGAGACAUUGCCAGGAUCCCAGACUCUCUGACUUAGAUCUAAGGCCGACACAGGGAUCACCUGACUCCUAACCGGCUCUGCCUGCCCAGGACCUCUCAAGGGAAGCAUGGCGAAGUGUAUUAGCUUAGCAAGGACCAUCCAAUUCAUCUUUAUUUGUCCAACACCACCUGGAGUUUUAAGUAUGAAUAUUAACCUUGAUGCUUUUUAACUAUUGUAUUAACUUGCUCAGAUUUAGAAAUACUGUUUUAAAAGAAAAAGAAGAAACUUUUUUAAUUUCUGUAUUUUUUUUCUGUAUUGUAUCCUAUGGGACACUAGGGGUUUUAUAUGGUAAGACACCUAAGGUUUUGGUAAAACAUUAUCAAAUAUAUAUCCAGACGAUUCUUCCCUAGAAGAAAAAACAAUCUCUAUGCCUGAUUUAAAAAAAAAAAAGUUGAAAAGAGGUGGAUUUUUCCUUUAUGGUGCUGAAAGGAAGACGGAGACUGAGGAGAAAAUAAACCCGUGAGGAGGCUCAA